UGUGGUGAGGAGGGAAUUUGUGGAGCGAGACAGUCGGUGCUUGCUGGAGCCUUCUCGGGACGGGCCUGCGGGGGAAUAAGAGACAGGCCAGUAUGUGGGCGCCAUCCCUUCUUGCCGCGUUCCUUCUGCUUCUGACAGCCCAUUCUACCAAAACAAAACAAUGUGACUACGAGACUCUUUUCGGGGACGAUGCAGAUUUCUGUAGUGACGGCUUCCAUGUUAUAUAUCCAGAUGUUGGCGACGUCUCCUGCCUGUAUAUACCCGACUGCUUUGAUUAUCCCCGGAUGCUGAGCAAAGUCUGGGGCUAUCCUGAGAUCAAAUACCCCAGAGCUAAACCGGAUGCGAAAUACACAUUGAUCAUGGUGGACCCAGACGCCCCAAGCAGAUCUAACCCAAAACACAAAUUCUGGAGGCACUGGCUGGUCGCUGAUAUACCGGGUCUGGUGCUGUCAUUGGGAAGCCUUUCAUCAGCAAAAAUUCUAUCAGAUUACAAACGACCCACCCCACCUCCUUCAACCGGAUAUCACAGAUACCAGUUCCUACUUUAUUUGCAGCCUCCUGGAUCAUCUCCUUCACUCCUCCCUAGUGAAGAAAAUCUGGGCUCCUGGGAUGUUGAUGCCUUUGUUCUGCGAAACAACCUGGGUUCCCCCGUGGUAACUUCUCAGUUUAUGGCCAAAAAUGACCGGCAAUAAGAGUUAUGUAACUGAAGCAAGAGCAAUGAUAUCACUUGCAAAGUCGUCUUCAGCAUGACAUCAUAUCUCUGUCUGGUUUCUUUCAAAUUUCAGUACCCUUCAUUAAAUUCUGAGUUCGCGCACGCUAAA